CAUACCUACACACACCUACAUAUUCAACUUUUGUUUCAUUUUCAUUUCUCUCAUCCCAGUAUGGAGCCCCUCUCCAACUUCAACUUGGAACUUUGUCUCUCUCCUCCCUCUUCCUCUCCUUCCACCACCACUUCCACCCUUCCCCUCGCCUCCAAUUCAACUUCCCAACCCAACCAUAUCACUCCUAUCGGACUCUUCACACCUGAUCUUACCGAGAUCCAGGCAAAGGCAAUAAUAGUACAAGCCACGAGACAAAUGGAGGCCGAGAGAUCAAGAUGGAGGACGUGUCGAAUUAGUUCAUCGGCAGAAAGAGUAUUGAUGACGAACGGGGAAGCUAGCCCCUCCUUGAGGAGAUCAUUGCAGAGGUUUUUACAAAAGAGAAAGCUUCGCAUUCAAACACUUUCACCCUACGCUCACUAACUUUCCAAAUUUUUGGAAUAAUCGUGCCUUCUUCAUUCUCUCUUCUCUCUUGUCAUUUUUCUUCUUUUCCUAGCUAGGAGCUAAGUCUGUGUUUUUGGGUGGUACGUUUUGUAUUUGUGCAUACUUGGAGCUUAUUAAUUUUCCAAUACAUUAUACCUACUUACAUUUCUCAAUUACGAUGCAGUGAUGUUCUUGGAUUUAAAUAAUAUAACUAAAAUAGUCUUACGCUCUUA